CCUUUGCAGACACCGUACCUAGUUUCCUUCGAGGGCGGGUUUAACUGCCCGGAAACGGAAGUCUCGUUCUUUUCCAUCCUUCCUUCUUGCUGCUUGCUGUGCCGGCCGCGCGCUCCCCUGCGCCCCUCGUAGCCAUGCCUCGCAAAAUCGAGGAAAUCAAGGACUUUCUGCUCACGGCCAGGCGAAAGGACGCCAAAUCUGUCAAGAUCAAGAAAAACAAGGACAACGUGAAGUUUAAGGUUCGGUGCAGCAGAUACCUUUACACCUUGGUCAUCACGGACAAGGAGAAGGCAGAGAAACUGAAGCAGUCCCUGCCCCCGGGUUUGGCAGUGAAGGAGCUGAAAUGAACCUGGCCCACUGAUUUGAACUAUAUUAAAGUUUUAAAAAAAUU